UUGGGUGCCUCGCGCCGGGGGCUGUUGGGAGGGAGCGCGCCCCCGCCCCCCUCCCAGGCCCCCCACUCCUGUCCCGCCGCUGCCGGGGCCCCGUCUUCCCGUCGGCCCCCGCGGGAAGGCCCUAGGUCUUCCCCGCUCAUUCCCCCGGUCGGGGCGGCAGGUGUGAUGGUCGGCUCCCACGCAGACAUGGCGCCCGCCUCUACCAGCGAGGGGCCCGGGGAGAAGCCCGGCCCCGCGGCCCCCGCCCCGACGGCCCAGUAUGAGUGUGGGGAGUGUGGCAAGUCAUUCCGGUGGUCAUCCCGGCUCCUCCAUCACCAGCGCACGCACACGGGCGAGCGGCCCUAUAAGUGCCCUGACUGCCCCAAGGCCUUCAAGGGCUCCUCCGCCCUGCUCUACCACCAGCGGGGCCACACGGGCGAGCGGCCCUACCAGUGCCCCGACUGCCCCAAGGCCUUCAAGCGCUCCUCGCUACUGCAGAUACACCGCAGCGUGCACACGGGCCUGCGGGCCUUCACGUGCGGCCAGUGCGGCCUGGCCUUCAAGUGGUCCUCGCACUACCAGUACCACCUGAGGCAGCACACGGGCGAGCGGCCCUACCCGUGCCCCGACUGCCCCAAGGCCUUCAAGAACUCGUCCAGCCUGCGGCGCCACCGGCACGUGCACACGGGCGAGCGGCCCUACACCUGCGGCGUGUGCGGCAAGAGCUUCACCCAGAGCACCAACCUGCGGCAACACCAGCGCGUGCACACGGGCGAGCGGCCCUUCCGCUGCCCGCUCUGCCCCAAGACCUUCACGCACUCGUCCAACCUGCUGCUGCACCAGCGCACGGCGGCCGGCGGGCAGGCGUUCCGCUGUGGCAGCUGCGACGGCGCCUUCCCGCAGCUGGCCAGCCUCCUGGCGCACCAGCAGUGCCACGUGGAAGAGGCGGCUGCCGGGCGCCCGCCCCCCCAGGCGGAGGCCGCCGAGGUCACCUGUCCCCAGGAGCCGCUGGCCCCAGCAGCCCCUGCCCCGCCCGCGCCUGUGCCCGCACCAGCUUGUGCCGAGCGGCCCUACAAAUGCGCCGAGUGUGGCAAGGCCUUCAAGGGCUCCUCCGGGCUGCGCUACCAUCUGCGGGACCACACGGGCGAGCGGCCCUACCAGUGCGGCGAGUGCGGCAAGGCCUUCAAGCGCUCCUCGCUGCUGGCCAUCCACCAGCGCGUGCACACGGGCCUGCGGGCCUUCACGUGCGGCCAGUGCGGCCUCACCUUCAAGUGGUCCUCGCACUACCAGUAUCACCUGCGGCUGCACUCUGGUGAGCGGCCCUACGCCUGUGGGGAGUGCGGCAAGGCCUUCCGGAACACGUCGUGCCUGCGGCGCCACCGGCAUGUGCACACGGGCGAGCGCCCCCACGCCUGCAGUGUGUGCGGCAAGAGCUUCGCGCAGACCUCCAACCUGCGGCAGCACCAGCGCGUGCACACGGGCGAGCGGCCCUUCCGCUGCCCGCUCUGCCCCAAGACCUUCACGCACUCGUCCAACUUGCUGCUGCACCAGCGCACGCACUCAGCCGAGCGCCCCUUUGCCUGCCCCAUCUGCGGCCGCAGCUUUGUCAUGGCCGCCAACCUGCAGCGGCACCUGAGGACGCACGCCCCCGCCCCCACGGCUGCGGGCCCCGCAGCCCCCACCGCAGGCUCCCAGGCCCCUGCUCCGCUGGCCGCAGCCCCAGCCCCAUCUGCCACCCAAGACGUCCACGUUCUCCCCCACCUCCAGGCCACGCUCUCCCUCGAGGUGGCAGGGGGUCCGGCUCCGGCCCCUCCCCCAGGCCAGGCAGCCCCCAACUCCCAGACUUUUCUCCUGGUGCAGACCGCCCAGGGUCUCCAGCUCAUCCCCAGCAGCGUCCAACCCCCUACGCCCCCGCCCCCACCGGCCCCCCCCAAGCUCAUCCUGCUACCCUCCUCCAGUACCGGUGCUGGGAGCAGCCGCGGAAGGCAGGGCCCACGGGCUACCGGGAAAUCUGGUCAGGGGCCUGGCGUCGUGUGGCUGCCAGGUCCUGGGGGACUGGGGGUUCAGGGAGGGGGCAACGCAGGGGCCAGCGGGGGAGGGCAGAGCCUCAUUGUUCUACAGAAUGUAGGGGGUGGGGAAGCAGGGGCACAGGAAGUGAGUGGGGUCCAGCUCCAGCCCCUCCGGCCAGCCCCCGAAGUGACCACUGUUCAGCUCCAGCCGGCCCAGGAGGUGACCACAGUCCAGCUCCAGCCAGCUCAGGAAGUGACCACGGUCCAGCUCCAGCCUGUGGCAGGCCAGCUGUCCAAUCCCAGUGGGGGAGCUGUGACCACUGAGGCCCCCAAUCUGCUGGUGGUUCAGAGUGGUACAGCCGAGGAGCUGCUGGCCGGUCCUGGUCCCGGGGAGACAGGUGAUGGUGAGGCCAGUACUGGUGUCGUCCAGGAUGUGCUCUUUGAGACGCUGCAGACAGACGAGGGGUUGCAGAGCGUCCUGGUGCUGAGUGGGGCAGAUGGGGAGCAGACCCAGCUGUGUGUGCAGGAGGUAGAGACCCUCCCCCCUGGGCUGGCUGAGCCUCCUGCCCCAGGCCCACCAGGACAGAAACUGCUCAUCAUCCGCAGUGCGCCAGCCCCUGAACUGCUGGAGAAUAGCAGCGGUGGGGGAGGCGCGGCCACGCUGCAGCUGCUGACCCCACCAGCACCUGGCCAAGUCUCUGCCCCAGUGGGCAUCUCUGCGGCUCCCACCUCCCAGAUGGUACAAGUGGUACCCACUGGCGCUGCCCCUGGAAGCAUGACCCCGCAGGGCUUGCCCUCCAUCCAGAUUGUCCAGACUCUGCCCGCAGUCCAGCUGGUGCACACAUUUUGAGGAGAACCACUGAGUUCUCUUCUGCCCGACACAGAGACCCGGACUCACUGCUUGGGCUGGGCUGGGGGGAGGGGAGCUGCAGGCUGGGCUUGCUAAUAAAGACCAGAAUCUCCU